AUGUCCGCCCCAGCGUGGGAGAACCAAGCCCCCAGGGUCCAUCCCCAGCCUCACCCAUUCCCCCCACCCCCCCACCCCAUCUACCACCCCCCGUCCCAGCACCCGACUGCCCAAUGGCACCCCGCCCCAGCCACUCGCAAGAUGCACCCCCCACCCGACCCCUCCUGCACCCCCGGCGCCCCUAUCCCUCUCCCGCUCCCUCACCCGUCGCACGACUUUCCCACUCUAAACACCGUCGACGCCUUUCCCCGGAAAGGUGAACCGGAAGACGAUUUAGCAGGUAUCGAAGCGCUCGACCCCGCGCUGUAUGAUACACCGCCAGCGACGGCUAUGGAAGUUGUGCCUCAACAUGCGCGGGGCAGGUCCCAGUCCGUCGCGUCGAUGAAGGAAGGUGAAGAAGGCAGUACGGCCCUCACAUUCUUUCCUAACCCCACCCAGCCGCCUAUCCAGCUCAAAGGCGCUCGCAAAUCCGGGCUCCUCCCUGCCCCGGCGGGGUGCAAGCUCGAAGUGAACCAGCUGCUCAUCCUCCGGCCGCCUCAGGCUAGCGCCAGUCAGUCGUUUGACGGGCAGACGAGCAAGUGGGAGAUGUAUACGUGUAGGGUGUGUUCAAAGACGUAUGAUGGGAAGAAUGCGAGGAGUGUGGCGAGGAGGCAUUUGCAGGAUAAACAUGGGGUGCCGUUGAGUCUGCAGGCGAGGAGGAGUCGAUGGGAUUAUGCCGAGCCGAAAGAGAAGAAUACGCCGGAGCUUAGGGAGAUCACGCUGAAGAGCAAGCGUGACUGGGCUGUCAAGCAUCGCCAACAGAGCAAGAUUGAAAAAACGCACGCCGAGUUUCUCGAACAAUUCGGUCCCCGCGGCCUUUCCGCCACGCACGGUAUCAUCCUCAUCGCCCCCCGCUUCCGCGGUCCGUCCGGCGCUCUCGAAGCCGGCGACUCGCCCUUUAUCGACGGCAUCAACGGCAGCAUUGUCAUCCCCGAAGAGAUCCUCACCGCCGUCAGCAUCCUCCGCGCCAACGAAAAACGGCUCAAAUCCGAAUCUGCCCCUACCAUGCCCCUCCGCGCAUCUACACCUCCCGACCGGCUCAUGUCGGCCCUCACCGUCUCGCCCAAGAGUCCUCAGCGAUUCCCGCAGCCUCCGCAAUCGACGCACCAUGAGAUUUAUCAGCAUCAGCUGGAUCAUUUGCGGAGGCAGCAUGCGACGAGGCCGUUUGGGUUUGCGGAUGUGCCUAUGGCGGAUAGGCAUCCUGGUGGGUAUGGGCCGCCCACCAGGGGUGUGCAGGGUGUGAUGGUGGGGCAGGGGCAGAUGAGUAUGCCGGUGUAUCAGAGGGCGGCGGGCGAGGGAGUCUCGGGCCAGUCGGUUGAGGCUGUGGCGUUCGCGUCAGCACAUCCUGAGACUCGCGCUCCUCCCCAGCAAGCACCUCAGCCACAAGUCCUCGAGCCAGCUCCCGAGAUCGUAUCCGACCAAGACGAAAGCUCUAGAGGCGCAAGCAAAGACAGUAUGGAUAUCGAAGCCGAAGUGGCUGCCGAGAGUCUUCUCAACCUCAGCACCCCCAUCCGCGCUCCCGAAGACGAAGAUCCCCCUACAGCAGACCCUGCCACCCGCCCCGCUCCGCCCGCUUGGAAGCUGCUCGAUGCGCCUUCCAUCGGGCCUGCUACCAAGCCCAGGCCUGCAAGAAGCAAGUCGUCUCUCCAGCCUUUCCGCGACCCCCGACCAGAAGUCACCCGGAGUCUCAGUUUCGAGCAGACGCCGGGUAUGGAUGAUGAUCCGUUCGGUUUUGGCGAGACGCCCGAUAGACCUACGUCUUCUGCUACGGGUUCGUCCAGGACCAGGGCUGUGACGUCUUCUCGCGCGAGUCGUAAGAAUAUGCCGAGUCCGUCGCCUCUUUCGGCUUCGACGCGUAAGAGGAAAGCCCCGCCUUCAUCCCCAUUCGCCCCUCCCUCCAAAACCCAAGGCCAAGCAGAGGCAAUCUCCCGCCCCGCCCUCCGCCCCUUAUCGACAUCCUUCUCAAACUCCAACCGCGGCUUCACAACGCUCACAGCCACCCCCAUCCGAUCCGCCAUAUCCACUACAACCCCGCACCUCCGCGCGCCGUUUUCGCAUACGAAGAAUUGGCUCCUGUCGUCGCCUAGUAAACAGGGGGAUGAUGAUGGGGCGGCGAGUUUGGGGCUGGUUCCUACGCAUUUGGCGCCGGCGACGCCGGGGAUGAUGAGGGGGAUUAUUGGGGUGGAGACGCCUGAUCAUUGGGGGGUGGAGGUGGGCGGGAAGGAGGGGAGUGUGGCUGGGGCUGGGGCUGGGGCUGGGGCUGGGGCUGGGGCUGGGGUGAAGGGGAAAGAGAAUGGUGGGGAGACGGGGUUGGGGACGGGAAAGGUCAAGAGGAAGAAGGUGGUUUUGGAUACGCCGAAGCGUUGA